UAUGCAGGCCUUCUACGAAGUGAUGUCAUGUGACUCUUCGUCUGGCAGCACAACAACACCUGGUGUUGUCAGGAAUUUCUACCUGGCAGCAGAGGAAGUCCAGUGGAACUAUGCCCCCUCAGAAAAGAAUCUGAUUAAAAACACAUCGCUUACUGAAGAGGGCAGGGCAUCAGAGGUGUUUUUUAGCCGAAAUAAUGGAGCAAUCGGAGGUACCUAUGUAAAAGUAAUAUACAAAGAGUACACAGACAAUACCUUCACCCACAUCAAAGCAUCACCAUCCCAUCAUGGACUCUUGGGUCCUGUUUUGAGGGCAGAGGAGGGAGAUAUUCUCAGAGUGACAUUCCAGAACAAGGCCAAUAGAAGCUACAGCAUUCAUCCUCAUGGACUCCACUAUGAGAAACAUUUCCAGGGAACCAGCUACGAAGAUGGUUCUGACAAUCCAGGGUCGCAUGUUGACCCGGGUAAGGAAUUUGUCUACACUUGGCGGGUGCUGGAAGGCCCGUCGUCGUCCGAUUCUCCCUGUAUUCCUUACUUGUACUACUCCGCCACGGAUCCUGUCAAGGAUACCAACUCCGGAUUAGUUGGACCUCUGCUUGUGUGUAAACGAGGAGCGCUGGGGGAGAAAGGAAUCCAGAAGGGUAUUGACAAGGAGUUCUUCCUCCUCUUCUCUGUCAUGGACGAAAACUUGAGCUGGUACUUGAAUGAAAACAUCAAGCUUUUCGGCACUGCUGAGACAGAUGAAGAAGACGAGAACUUUGUGGAGAGCAACAAAAUGCACGCUAUAAAUGGACUCAUGUAUGGGAACCUUCUAGGGCUGGAAAUGUGUGCCGGGGACAAUGUCAUGUGGUACACCUUUGGGCUCGGCACAGAGGCAGACAUACAUGGAGUGUAUUUUGAGGGAAACACCUUCAAGAAACAAAGCACUACACGUGAUACAGUCAGCCUGUUUCCCCACACCACUGCAGCUCUCUUCAUGCAGCCAAAUAAUCAUGGUCUGUUUGAGGUGGACUGCAGAACAACAGAUCACUUCUCAGCUGGCAUGAGGCACCUUUACAAAGUCAAACCUUGCAAGGGCAAAAGAACACAUGCCCCACACUCUGACCCUACCAGGAUUGUGAAGUAUUAUAUCAGUGCAGAGGAAAUUGAAUGGGACUACUCACCUACAAGAGACUGGGAGCUGGAGAAACACAACACAAAUCCAGAGGAGAGUCCAGGCAACAUAUUUGUGGGUAAAGGGGAGAACAGGAUUGGCUCCCGUUAUAAGAAGGUAGCGUAUCGUGAAUACACAGACGAAACCUUCAAAACUCAGAAGGCACGCGAGGAACACUUGAGCAUCUUGGGUCCGAUAAUCCACGGAGAGGUGGGAGAGCAGAUUCUGAUUGUAUUCAAAAACAAAGCCAGUCGGCCUUAUUCCAUCACACCACACGGAGUCAAGGCCAGCGGUUCACACACUGCUGUUCAACCUGGCCACAUUGUUGAGUUGACUUGGGAUAUUCCUGUAAGCUCUGGUCCAUCGAUUUCAGAUCCUAACUGCAUUACCUAUGCUUACUUCUCAUCUGUUGACUACAUCAAGGAUCUCUUCAGUGGUCUUCUUGGGCCCCUGGUGAUAUGCAGGCCUGGGACUCUGGGCCGUGGCGCGUUGGUCGACAGACAAAGGCAGGACAUAGACAGGGAGUUCGCGCUGCUGUUUUUGGUGUAUGAUGAAAACCAGUCCUGGUACUUGGAUGACAACAUUAAGACAUACCUUGGCGUUGAUCCUGGAACAUUUAAAAAAGACGAAGACUUUGAGGAGAGUAACUUGAUGCACGGAAUAAAUGGUAGACUGUAUGGUAACCUCCGUGGACUGGUGAUGAAGGAGAAUGAGAGAGUCGACUGGUAUCUGCUUGGCAUGGGCAACGAAGUAGACAUGCACACAGUUCACUUUCAUGCCGAAACCUUCAUCUACAGGACGGACCAUGUGCAUCGUGCAGAUGUUUUCGAUCUGUUCCCUGGGACGUUCCAGACUGUUGAGAUGGUGGCGGCAAACCCAGGGACAUGGCUGCUCCAUUGUCACGUCUUUGACCACAUCCAUGCAGGCAUGGAGACCACUUACACAAUAAGAGCAACAGAGAGCCACUUGCCAGCUGCAGCACCAGAACACAAAGUCAGUUUCAAGACGCUGCUGUUCGCAUCUGGAUUUAGUCUACUAGCAAGAAGAAUGUAUAGAUGAGGGACAGAUGAUUGUAUGUGUGUAAGCACAAUUACGGUCAAUGAUGCACCUUUCUUUUGAUUACCUAAUGUAAUCCAAACUAUGUAAGAUAAUACGCAAUAGAUUGUAUUGUGUUUGUUAUGUCAACCACUGGAUGGUCAUGCCUACUUCAAUGACUUGAUGGUAUUUUUGAAUUGUGCACUGUCAAUCUAUUAUUAAAAAAAAAAAAGAGAGAGAUGUUGAACCAAAUAUUUUAAGUUGGUUUUGAAUGUAUGGUUAAAUCUAUUUCUUCGA